AUGAAUAGAAAAGCAAUGAAAGUGGUAGUUUAAUUACAGCUCAGGGCGGUAUCAUGCCCUGGUGUGCAUUUGCCAGCCAAGGAUGACAUCUACCUCAGUGGGUGCUUCAUGGGCCAAUACCACAAGUUGGAGUGUCUCCCCGUCUUCCCACUCCUGUUUCAAGAGAAGAUGAGAUUAGAGAAGGUGGCUCAAUGUGACACGUCUCCUCCUGAUUAUUCUAAACCAAGGGUGGCCAACCAACUCUUCUGGAGAGCUAUCAGGUUGACUUUGGUCCAACAAUUGGCUAAGUUGGAGAAGGCCCUGGCCUGCUUUGAGGAUGACACCAGAAGCUUGCUAUUCCCAGAACCCAAACGGCCUCCUUCCUUCUCUGGAUUGGUCAGAAAUAUUCUCAUGACAUGGCCCAUUAGCUUCCCUGGUAUUGCCCCAAGGUUAGAGUUCUCCACCAGAACAAUCAGCGAGUGCUCUGCGAACGCCAAGGUCAACAACACCCAUCUCAGUUUUCCAAUGAGGACGGUGGGGCCAAAGGAACACACUAAAAGGUCCCAAAAUGGGUAUUGAGGAGGAGAUUGGGACGGUGCCCAAUGUGCACCAGCAAUGCCCAGGUUGUGCUCCCUCUCCCCCGUAAAAGCCAGCCAGAUGGACGGUUGUCAUGGAAACAUGGGUCGACUGGCACAGCUCGGUUUGGCUUCAAGCUGGGAUAUAGAUGAGGAGUUUUGACCUUGCCAUAAGAGGGACCCUUGGCUCGGUACUGGCAACUCCCCCACACCUCAUCUCUUCCCUGUCAUGGCCAGACACACCCUGACCAACAGCUCCUCUCCUUGUCUCCCACGGUCCCCGUCCUCUGACACAGACAAUCUCCUGGACUACCCCCCAGGUCCAAGCCAGCAAUGUUCCCUGGCUAACAAAGGGGGGUCUCCCACCCCUACACCCACACCUAUCCCUUCCAUGCUUUGGCGCGCCUACAUGGAAAGCUUGAGCCAUAUAGGUAUGUUACGCCCAUGUUCCCAGGGCACGUGGGAGGAGGUCCAUCCCCGUGUCCGAGCACUCCCUAUCACCCCAAGAGCAGUGCACAGACUCUCCCAUGUGAGUAACACACACACCACUAUCAUCUGUAGUGGGUGGAUAGGAAUCCAUAACAGUAAAUCACAACAGCAAUUGACCCUAAAUAUACCUUGACAAGAUUGUAACUUCAAUUGACCCAGUUACAUUCUCAACAGCUGAAACCUUUAAAAGCGACUUUUUUUCCUGUCAGGUUCAUUGAGCUUGCCUGGCGCAAUGGAACCAAUAGCAUAGUUGUAAACCGGCAAACCCCGCCCAUCUGGCACGCCGGGCAGGCUAGAACAAACGCUAAACAUA